AUGUCCGCGGUCGCCUACAUGGACUUCGUGGCCGCCCAGUGCCUGGUCUCCAUCUCCAACCGGGCCUCGGUCCCUGCGGAGCUGAGCCAGGAGGAAGAGGAGGAAGAGGAAGAGGAAGGGGAGAGCCUCCCGAUGGCCGAGGAAGAGGCCAUGACCAAGGAGAUGGGGGACCCCCGCGACGCCUGGAAGGACUACUGCACCCUGGUCACCAUCGCCAAGAGCCUCCUGGAGCUCAACAAGUACCGGCCCCUGCCCUCCCGCUCCGUCUGCAGCGAGAGCCCCGACGACGAGGAGGAGGAGGACGCCGCCUCCGAGAGCAGCACCAGCAGCAGCAGCAGCAGCAGCGACGACGGAGGAGGAGGAGGAGGAAGCACCCCCGCCGCCCCCGCCCCCGCCGACUCCAGCCCUUCUUCCCACAGCUCCGCAGGACCCGAACCCAGAGCCCCCAAGGAGCAAGGCAGGGAAGGGGCGGCCUCGGAGCCCAAGGCGGCGGUCUCCUCCUCCUCUUCCAAAGGGAAGCCCCCCACCGAGAAAAGACACAAGUGCCCCUACGGCGGCUGUGGGAAAGUCUACGGCAAGUCCUCCCACCUGAAAGCCCACUACAGAGUGCACACAGGUGAACGCCCAUUCCCUUGCACUUGGCCAGAUUGCCUUAAAAAGUUUUCGCGCUCUGAUGAGCUAACACGGCACUACCGAACCCACACUGGGGAGAAGCAGUUCCGAUGUCCACUCUGUGAGAAGCGGUUCAUGAGGAGUGACCACCUGACAAAGCAUGCCCGUCGCCAUACUGAAUUCCACCCCAGCAUGAUCAAGCGAUCUAAAAAGGCCAGCUCUGCCUCCUUUUGAAGGAAUGACUGGCGGAGAUGGAGGGGGAGACCACCACCAUCAAAGGGGGCAUAACUGAUCAGCACAAAUAUGUCUGCCACUGUACAGUGAUAUUCCCCCUACUUGCAUUUUUAAAGCACAUGUAGCUGGAUGUUUAAAAACAAAAGGUUUAAUAUUUUGUCCCAUCUACCCCUACUAUGCUACCAACAACAGUCUUAAAUCAGUGGCUGCUGGGUGGGAGUGGGGAGGGGGGGAAAGACUGUGGGGAUCAGCAGAAAUAAUGCAACUUUUUUAUAUAUAUAGUUUAAAGAAUCAACACUGGUGUAUAUAUGUCUGACUGGGUGGUUUGACCUGUGACACCACAGUAGUGAUUCCAAGCUCUUUGUGAUUGCUGUGUCAUGGACUUGUUUUGUUGACUAAUGUAAUGCUGCUUGUAUUUAAAAGAAAAACAAAACAAAAAAAGUUUAGGAAAACCACUUUCCAACACACGUAAGUAUUUCUUGAGGAUUUUUUUUUAAAAAAGCUCCAUAGCACAUCCUUAGAAGAAGGUUCGCUUCUCUUUCUCAAUGAUCCAUUCUAUUCAAGACUGUUAAAGGGUAAAAAAAACCAUUACAUCUGUUGUUAUUAUUAGUGAAUUGGUAUACAAAACUAAUGAAAGAAGAAUGAAGCUGAAAUUUAUACUCAGGAAGACCUGUUUGGUACAACCAGGUCUUUUGAUGGUUGUUGUUUUUUUUAAAAAAAAAGCUAAACUUUUGAGUAUAAGCUGCUCCUUUUUUCCCUGGUGAAAAUUACUAAACAAAAAAGGAAAACAAGAAAUAAGCUGGUAUCAUACAUAUGUGGUUUGGUUCUUGGCUUGCUAUUGGGAAAAAAUAACAACACUGCAACAAGCCACUGUAAAGAAUGUGGCAGAAAUAUGAGAUCAUAAUAUUUUCCUUCUUUCAGCUGUUCUUAGAUUUUCAUCUGAAAAGCGUAUACCGUACUGUACUAUAUGAAUACCACUAACAGUGCUUUAUUCUGCUGUAUUUUGUUGGAAUGAAUGCAUAACAGCAGCUACCAUCUUGAUAAGCUACCACUUUUGUAAAGGUUUUUUCCUUAUGACUGACUCUCUCUCUCUCUCUCUCUCUCUCUCAAUGGUGCAUUCUUUUCAUCUACUUGCCAGAUUCCUGUAUCAGCCAACGGGAAAUAUGUGCAUUUGUGGUGGGAACAGAUAUCUUCCCCCACCCACAAAACAGUCUCUGCUCAAUCAGAGACAACUACAACUCAUUUUUAAAAACUUUUCAACAGACUUCUACCUUUUCAUAAGUUGCAGCUGUUGUACAGAGAAUGAGGGUGGGGGGGAAUCAACAACAAUAACAACAACAAUGAGGUAAUUAAAACUACCACGCGGGAGGUAUGUUGAAAUAUUUCUUUACAACACAAGCCUUGCCCUGAUGUACUGUGCAAUCUCAUUCUGUGUGGCAGGCUUGAUAUAGUUAAUGAUAAUGGCAAUAUUUCACCUGCUUAUAUGCUCAGGUUUGCUCUUUCAAACAGGAGCAAACACAUCAUUGGGGGGGAAAUCUUUUGCGUCUAGCCAAACUGUCAUCUUUGUUAAUGUUAAAAGCAUGAACCUUACAGAGGUUGUAAUCAUGGACUUUCCCUCCCCCAUCUCUUGUAAUGGUGGAGCAUUAUGUUUACAGACACCCACCCCAUCAACCCCAGAAAUGUUCUCCUGGUUGUAUGUUCUUUACUCCUCCUUCGCAUGAAGGAAGACAAGGUGCAACUGUUCUGUAUAUAGGGCUAAAUUGAUCUCUGAUAUAAUCACAUUGCAGAUAGUGGGAUUAUAUCAGGAUCAAUUUGCCCCAUCAUUGUAAAGAUCUGUACAUAUACAACUCUUGUAAAGUACACCUGCAAUGACAGUAUCUUCUUUGUUUCACCUGAUAAAAAGCUAGCUUCCUAGAAAAAAACAAAACAACAUCUCAGAGAGUAGAGUAUUCUACAAUUGUCUGUGGCUUCCAGCACUAGAACUCAGUAUGCAUCUAGCAUUUUUACCUGUGUGGUUCAUUAUAAAAUCUGUCUAUGCGAAGAGAACGGCUUCUAAAUAAAGGUGUUAGGGGCAAAGAACAAUCUAUGGCAUUUUAAAAGCAAAAAGGGAUGAGUUUUCUUCAGUGAAGACAUGUCAGGAAACCAAGCACACUUUCUACCUCCGUUUCAGCUUUUGAAACGUUUGUUUUAUGAUAAAACCAAAAUUAAUUUCUGGUGUCCAAAAUAAGUUGUAGGGACGUUUGUUCUUCCUUAUAAAAAAUAGGUAGCCUGGCUAUUUCUAUCGCUCUUGUGUAAAAAGUAUUCUGCUUUACCAGUACUGUUAAUGCUGCCUUGUGUGUUAGGGUGAGGACCUUGAGGUAGGCCAGCAACUCACAAAGUCGUAUCGUUCCAACUGUCCUCCCCUGCUAUACAAGACCAACUUGUCAGAGCCUAGAUUCUUUUGGAAGUCUUGCUAAUUCAACUAGAACAAUACUGUUGCUCUGAUAUAGGACAAGUGCAGUAUUAGCUAUCUAGAGUCUGGAUGCUGAGUGUUGUUAUUUCAUAAGGCAAGCCACAGGCACAGUGAACAACACCUCCUUAACAAAUAAUUAGGUCAGAUGGGAGACUGAGGCACAUGAGAAAAUGAGGUGUGGUGGCAUAGUGGUUAGGGCACUAGCCUGCAUUCCUGAGGGAGAUGAUUUCCACACUGCGUGGUCACCUCCACCCCCAGCCAGGGGCUAUCACCUGGCCUCUCAGGUUAGAAGGUCCAAGGAGGCCCAAUAGUUCCAUCCAUGUGGUUCCCUUGUAUACUGUAGGCUAUAGGAAUUGCUUUGCCUUAACCAGACCAGCCAAACAGCCAGAAAUAACACUCUGCUGUGCCCAAAAAAUGCAUUUACGCACAGCCUGUAAGCAGAAUAUAAUUUUUUUAAAAAAUCACGUGAAUUGUUCCUCUCUUAAAAAACAUUCUUAAUGUGCAAAGGCUAUCAUAGAAUGUAUAAACUUAAUGUUUAGGUUUAUUCUCUUAAUAGAUCUUCCAUUUUAAAAAAAAAUCCAAAAACAGCCAAAAAAAAAAAUUCCAAAAACCAUUUAACAUUCAAAUUUGUGACACUCUUGAUCCGCCUUCCCAUAACCUGGAGCCCAACUUCUAUCAUUCCCAGCUAAAAGGCUGGCUGGAGAUUAUAGGAGUUGCAGUUCAACAUACCCGGAGAGUACCAGAAUGUGGGAGAAAAUAUGCUCUUAAUUGUCACUAUAAUGAGCUGCGCAUGACCACUCUGCUUAUGGUGGUAGUACAGUACUUGUUUUUAAUGCAGCCAUCAGUUUGUGGUGAAUAGUUGUCUUACUUGUAGUUUAACAUCUGUGUCUUCACACUAAGGUGUGUGGCUGGUUUUGCUAGCAUUAUACAAGUCAGACAGCUCCUUCAGUACAAGCAGCCUUCAUGGCUCUCUUGGUGCAUGAUGGAAGGAGAACUACCACUAUCAGUGAAGCCAUCAUGUGCACCAGUCCUUGGCCACUGAGUGACAUUGGACUGCUUCCUAUGUUACUUUAAGCAGAUAUGGGUGUGCAUAACUAGGUCUUAAAGGGCUGCUAUAUGUGUUUGGUGGCAAGUAUCAUGUUGGGAACAUAGCAUGGAAAGGUAACUUUUCUGGACUGUAACUCUCAUAAUCCCCCACUCAGUAUGACCACUGUAUAGAUGGGGGAUUCUGGAAGUUAGGGUCUACAAAAUAACUUGGAAAAGUAACUGUUCAAACCCUUAGUACAUCUACAUUGUAGAAAUAAUGCAGUUCAUCACCACUUUAACUGCUAUAACUACAUCCUAUGGAAUUUUGGGGUUUGUAGUUUUAUAAGAUCUUUAGCCUUCUUUGCCAAAGAGUGCUGGUGCUUCACAAAUCUACACAUCCCACUUUCUGUAGGAUGGAGCCAUGGCAGUUAAAAGUGGUAUCAAACUGCAUUUUUUCUACAGUGUAGAUGCACGCUCUGUUUGGGAAUUUUGGAUGCCACUUCUUUUGUGUGAAAGCAAUUCAGGGGAUAAAAUAAUUAUUUUUCAGGAAAGAAAUGAUAGCUGGGAUGGUACUAAACUCUUCCUCACCCACCACUAUAUUUUACCGAAGCUGAGUUAAGCAGAGGAAUGUGGCUGCAAUGGACUGGAAGGGAAAUCAAUCAGCAAGGCUGUAAUCCUGCUGCUUCUGUCGUACAAGUUGUUCUGUCUCCUCAUUGCUUUGCAGCGGAAAAAUAGUGGCAAGGGUUUCCAGACCCAAACAUGUAUAUAGACCCAGAUGUAUUCAUGGAAAUGUUAUGGGAAAAGUAGCGUACAUGCCUGUGCCCCCAGAAGAGAUAUGUAUAUAGGACAAGUCUCAAGGAGGGUCAUGACUCUACUCUUAGAAGCAGAAGACUGUUUCCUUGGCUGUAAUUCUCAAGACACUUAUUUGAAGGCAGGUUUCACUGAAUUUGGGAGACUUGCUUUCAAAUAAGCAUGAUUAGUAUUGAAGUGUAAACCAUGCUUCUUAGGGGUCUUCCAAAAGUAACAUCAAAAGCUGCCCAAAGUUUAUUAACUACUACUACUAACAACAACAAAAUCAAGAUAAAGUAAGAUGUGUUUGUCUCUUGUUGUAAAAACAGUCUAUGGGUUUUACAUGCAAACUUCAAAAUGUGGUAAAAAAAUCAGCUGUAAUCUUUUUAAGAAAAAGUAGUGUUGGAAGGGACUGUUUGCAAAUGUUGAGAAGAAAGAAAGAUCGAGCUCUCUGCAAACACACUUGCCACAUUACUUUGAAAAUUCUUUAAAGAGUGCUGAUGUGAAGGCGGCUCCUCUCCUCAGUUCUGAAAGACCUUCCUAGAGAAGCCAUGGCUUUAAAACUAUAGCUAUACAACAUCUUUUGUGAACAAUUCUGAUGACUUCUAUAUAGGUUUCUUUUCUGUUUGGUGAUGGACUUACUGUAGCCCAGUAUGCACCAGAACUUCAAAUGCUCUUCAAAUGCUGUUUUAUGACAGAUUAACAAAUCUGUAACACUGUAAAAACCAACCUUUACAAGUUUAAUCCAUUUUAUUUUUGUACAGUAUUCGUAUUCUUUCUAAGUUAUUUUGCUGUCCUGUUUUGUAAAUCACAUGAAAUUGUAAAAAAGAAAAAAGUAGGCAUAGGUGUUUUUGUACAUAUGUAUAUACAUUGUCCAAAUAAUAAUAAAAAAUAAUAAAAACAA